AUGGAAAUUCUGGACUUUAUGGGAGAGGAAGGAAUGGAGUCAGAGGGAUCAGCAAUCAUUGCAACUUUUUUAAACACCAUCCAGAAUGGCUCAGUUAAUGCCACCAACAUCACCUUUUUUCCAUAUUAUCAACACUCACUGUAUGUAGCAGCCAGCUACAUCAUUGCUUACGCCUUCAUCUUCCUGUUGUGCAUGGUGGGUAACAUCCUUGUGUGUCUGAUCGUGCUGGAAAACCGUUGUAUGCGCACAGUCACCAACCUCUUCAUUCUCAACCUGGCAAUCAGUGACCUACUGGUGGGGAUCUUUUGCAUCCCUACAACACUAGUGGACAACCUUGUCACAGGAUGGCCUUUCUCUAAUGUGGUGUGCAAGAUGAGCGGAUUUGUGCAGGGAGUCUCCGUGUCGGCUUCAGUCUUUACCCUGGUGGCCAUUGCCGUUGAAAGGUUUCGUUGUAUUGUGUACCCUCUACAACCAAAGCUGACUCUGCUCGUUUCCAAGGUAGCCAUUGUGACCGUCUGGGUGUUGGCGGUGUUAAUCAUGUGUCCUGCUGCAGUGGCACUAACUGUGGAGAAAGUUCCCUUUCAUUACAUGGUGUACAAUGAUGACUUGAAUCACACACUGCCCUUGUACACCUGCUACGAAAACUUUGCCAACCCUCAGAUGAGGAAGGUGUACACAGCUGUUCUGUUUGCUCAUAUCUACCUGGUUCCUCUCACGGUGAUCAUGCUGAUGUAUGUGAGCAUCGGAGUCAAACUGUGUUCCUCUGCGGUUGCGAACAGAGAACCACAACGGGACCACGCCAUGGUCCAGGCAGGAGGCAGGAGACAUAUUCAACCAGUGAUUUCACAGAAAAAGAUCAAGGUCAUCAAGAUGCUCAUUGUGGUAGCUUUGCUUUUCAUGCUGUCCUGGUUGCCCCUUUGGACCCUCAUGAUGAUGGCAGAUUACGGUGGCUUGGACAGGGAGCAGCUGGACCUUAUGACCAGCUACAUCUUCCCCUUCGCUCACUGGCUGGCUUUCUCCAACUCUGGUGUGAACCCCAUUGUCUACGGCUACUACAAUAAGAACUUUAAGAGGGGCUUCCAGGCCGUGUGUAAAACAAAGCCCUUCUGCUGCCUCAUGCAGGUGUGGUGCAGAAUGUCCAGGUGGGGAAGAAGAGGAAGGUCUGUGCGAGCGCCAGGUCAAGGUACUGAAUUAGGAGAAGGCUCCAACAACCAUGGCAACUUUGUACUAGGUCUGAGAAAUCGUGUGCACAAUGACAACAAGUUGAGUGAAACACCAGAAGAGAACAGGAGCUCGAGGGUGGGCUGUGUGGUGGUCCACAAAGGUAGAAGUCUUCCCGAUCAAGGCUUAGAAAUGGUAGCCAUACAUGGGAAGAGCAGCAACGAAGAAGGUUCUGAAAAGGUUAGCUCACUAGCAGUUUCAGUGUAUCAGGCAUGGGAUAACUGA